AUGGUGGGCCCUUUACACCGGCCCCGUCGCUCUUCGAGCCUCGCGGAUGCCGUGGCCCUGGAAGAUUAUGACCAUGAGCAUGAUGAGGACCAUGAUGAGGACGUCCCCUUCCUCGACUACGAGGAUCAGGACCACACAGAGCCACGCGGCAAACCUUCGACUCCGGGCAGUGCCAUACCCGAGCAAAGGACUAUCUUCCUCAAGGCCGCAUCAUGGCAGGUCAAGACACCUGGCUCCGUCGUGCUACUCAUCGCCGUGACCAAGUUCUUCGUCAUCCUGAGCGCCAUGAUCCUGCUCAUCCCCAUCUAUCGCCUGAUUGAGGAUGCUCUGUGCCAUGUCUACUACAAGGACGACUCCAACGAGAUGAUUGAGGAGAUGAAGUGCAAGGUCGAUGAGGUCCAGGCCAACUUGGCCCUGCUUAUGGGAUGGUUGGCUGUGGUUGGCGCUGUCAUUAACUUCAUUGUCGCCUACCCCUAUGGCUUGCUAUCAGACAGCAUUGGCCGGAAGCCAGUUCUCAUCAUGUCUUAUGCCGGCAUGGCCUUGGCAUUCGCCUCUACACCUUUUGGUCUGAGCGAACUGAGUAACAUCAUCCGCAAAAAUCCCUAUUAUCUCAUGAUUGGCUCCGUCUUCACCUUGUUUGGCGGUGGCCUUACCGUGUUCAUGACAACGCUCUACGCUGCUGCAACAGAUGUGAGCACCGAAGAUAACAAAGCUUCCAACUUCCUCUACCUAAUGAUCGGUGCCAGUACUGGGGGGCUCCUCGGCCCGGUGAUCAGUGGCAUCUUAAUGAAAACCUACAACGCCUGGGUUCCCAUCUACGUUUCCGUGGCCAUUACCCCCCUCGCCUGCGCCCUCAUUGCGUUUAUCCCCGAGACUCUCAAGAUCGACUCAAAGUCGGUUGUGGGAAGCGGUGCUUCGCUCAGAGAUCAGAUUGCUCAUGGCUUCCAAGACCUCAAACGGACCACUGGAUUGCUUCGAGAUAGGAACAUCCUGCUGGUCUCGGUCGUCUACCUAACCGAGCAUCCCAGGGCAUCGGCUUCCAUGUCCACCCUUGCGCAAUACAUCAGCAAGCAUUACGGAUGGACGCUUGCAGAGGUGACCUUCCUCCUCUCCCCAUUGGGAAUACUACACAUCAUCAUUCUCGCCGUCCUGCCAAAAGUGUCGGAGGUCCUCAUGUCGCCCAGGUAUCGCUUCACCUCAUUCGGAAAAGAUCUGUUCCUGACACGGAUCUCGAUGCUCAUCCUGACCAUCGCAAGCAUUCUGCAGGGCGUCAGUCCCAACAUUGUCAUGUUCAUCAUGGCGCUCUUCAUCUCCGUCUUUGGAGGAGCCGACAGCCCGCUCGCGAGAGCAACCGUCUCGCACUACGUCGACUCCAGCCGUAUUUCUCGACUCUACGCCUUGCUGUCAAUGGUAGAAGUUCUGGGCUCUUUUCUCGGCGGGCCAAUCACCGCGUGGUUCUUUAAGAAAGGCCUGGAAUGGAAGGGUAUCUGGUCAGGCCUGCCGUGGUUCUACAUUUCACUCCUCUGCGCAUUGACAUUCUCAGCCCUUAUUUUCGUGAAACCUCCCAACAAGUUCCUUAAUGGGGAUGAAGAAGAUGAGGAGGGGGAGGACGUUCCGCUGGGUAAUCCUGUCAGACUUGAAUAG